AUGCCUCACUCAUUGAUUCUCGCAGAGUGUGAGGAACUGAAGAAAGGCGAGGAAGCUUCAACAUUUCCUCAAAGACGCACAAACACAGCAGGCUGUGAGCGAGGAGCAGGGAUGGUAGCGGAGGAGGUUGUGGUAUCUCUCUCAGGUGGAGCUCCAUGGGGCUUCAGACUGCAGGGAGGCUCAGAGCAGCAGAAACCUCUACAGGUGGCCAAGGUAAAGUGGAUCAAUUUCCCUGUGUGUGUGUUAGUGUGUGUGUGUGUGUGUUGGAGAGAAGAGUUACUGCCAAGGUGGUAAUAUGAGCAGAUGGGUUUCAUAGAGGAUGCAGCUGUAAAUUGCAGUUGGUCUGAGGCCUCUGUGGUCAGUCUGGUGGUUUCCUGUGGCUGUAAUUCGAGAGAUUGUUAGAAACUCUGCAGUCAAGGAAAAAAUCUCAUUAAAAGAGUCAUCAAAUCAGUGUCACUGCAAGCUUAAAUUUCUGCUGUUGGCAUGUACCUUUUGUACUGUUAACUGAUCUUAAACACUAAGUCUAUCAUUGUAAAUGUCCAGGUUUUCAUACACCUGUGUUUUUGCGAUUCCCUACCCUCAAACCAUCAUUUUAUUUCAAUUUUGAGUUCCCCAGUUUUGCAAAGGUAAUCAUUACCCUCUUUUGGAGAGCACCGCAGGGUGGUUACAGGAUUAGUCUAGGAGCAAAGCCAUGGUGCAUGUUUAAAAUUAGGAUCUCAAACAGGAUGACUUCUGGCACAAGACAUCUUUACCUAUUAAAGCUCCUGUGAAGAACUUUCAGUUUGUUUCAGUUCUGGCGCCCCCUGUGGACAAAACAGUCCUCCCUUACUUUUUCCUCUAAGACCUUUAAGUCGGAAUGUGUCACUAUUUUAUGUGAAUAUUUUAUGAGGGAAAUCAUAAAAACAGUUGUGUUUAUUCAGCUGCUUGACUGACACCGCCCCCUGAAAAUCCCCUACAGGAGCUUUAACUUCUGGCGUUAAUUUAGUAGAUUUUAAUCAUAUAUAAAACACUCUCUUUAUCUAUAUAGCAGAACAACAAGGAAAACAAAAACAAUUUAGAGUACUAAUAUUGGCUGAUAUAAUAUCAAGAAAUGGUAAAAAAGCAUGAUUAUAUUAUCAUAAGCCUGAAAACUGUAUAGAAAUCUUACAGUGGAUCUGAUGUGCUUCCAUGAUAAUAGUAUGAGAUAAUAAGCAUACAGCGGUAUAAAGUUUUAUACUUGCAAAUGGGGGUAUAACUUGUGAUUAUUAUUUGUACUGUUAGAUAACAGACUGAAAGUUUUUAUGACCAACAAAAGCAAAAAAGACCAAUGGGGGAAAAAAAGGGAUUGAUUUCUGUAGUGUUACUUUAAAUGACAGUUCGAGAAGGCAGGCGUUGGACCAGAUGAUAAAUAAAUAAAUAAAAUAAAUUUUUGGUCGGAGUUUGCUCGCACCAGUACAGGAUAUGACCAGCAACCAGAUAAACAAUAUCACUUAAUCCACCGGGGGGCACUGAUAUCGACUCUAACUGAAAGGAUUUCACCUGAUCUGAUGGAGCACUUAACAUAAAUAUAAAUAUAAAAACAGAAUGAACAUUAAAAACACAGAAAUGUAUUGCAAGAGGCAACACUAAGACAAAUUAAGAAUAAAAAAAAAUAAGCAAAAGGAGAAUUUUUCGGUAAAAUCCUAAAAACAAAUCACCCUUAAAUGCAGUAGGAUUCCUGAUAAAGACUUAAAUGUUACAAAGCCUCACAAAAUAAGAAAGAAACAGAAAAUGAACAUUAGAGAAGUUGGAGUUUGAGCUUUAGUUGAAAAAAGCUGAAAAAAUCUCUCAAAAACAGGAUCAAUAAUAAAAGUAUUUUGUCAUUAAAGCUCCCGUCUGUCGUAUUUUUAAGCUGUGGAACAAACUGAGCUCAAUACUAGUAUCCUUUUUCCACCUAAAGCUUCUCAAAAAGAACAAACAUAAUUUUUCUUUACAAGUCUUUCCUGCCUGAAAGUGCUGAUACAGGUCAGCUGUUCUGUGAAGAUACUCCCUACUCAUCACUUAAACAACUUUUUAAAAAUGUUUCCAUGGCAGAGACCCUCGAUUAAUGGUAUUUUAUACUACUAAUAGAAAGAAGGACGAGAGUUUAACAAAUACAGCUGCAUCCCAAAAUGGGGGCAAGUGUAAAAUUCCUUAUAGGAGCUUUAAAUAAAAAGUAGACACUGAUUGAUUAAUUAAUGCAGCUCUACAUGAAGUAAAUGGAUCUCUUAUACACAGUUUGUUCUCUGUUGUCAGACGUAUUUAGGGGUCAAAAUGGGCUCGAGUUUCAUGUCUGCAGCCUGUAAAUUAACAGUAGCAGAAAAUAGAGUGAAUAUGUGUUAACAUAUACAAUCUCAACACUGUAACAGGAUUCAAUAUGCGUACAACAGCUCAAUAUUUGAAGACAUGGUUCCACUAUGAACGCAAAAACAGAACGAAAUUGACUCGUCUCAGACUUGUCAUCAAAAUAAUCUGCGUUCAAUCCCUGGCAUAUUCCUCUUUUUCAUUGCUAUUUCUCCGCUAGCUUUUUGUGUCCGUGUUUAUAUUUGUUGACAGUCCAGAAUGUUCCCUCUAAUAAGAAAAUCUAUUCUGGAGACGAGGAACGCGACCUCCCUCACACUGACGUUACAGAGUUGGCCGGUCACUCAGAAGCUGUCAUAACCUCGGAUGCAAAGUGAAGUGGACGGGUGAUUUUGGCACCUUGAGGGUCUCUCUUUAUCCAGGAUUUUCAAGCUGAUAAGGUCACCUUUAAUCAGAGUUUGAUCAGAGUGUGCUUCCUCUGUUGGUGAAGGUGUUUUGACCUGAUGUAUGUGUGUGUGAGUGUGUGUGUGUUGUUGGGCAUACCUCAGAUAAGCUCUGUUGGGACAGGAGCACAAACUGCAGGAUCAGAAUAGCUCAUUUAAGAGGAGCUGGAAGUAGAGCAUGGAAAAAGAAGGCCUCUUGUUCACUCUCGACCUCCCUUUUGUACACGUUUCUGCCCUUCCACUAAGUAUUUAAUUGUUUGAUCACGAUUAUUUUUUCAUUUCUGAUCACAGUAGCGCCAGUCUCCUUUUGUCCGUCUAGGAAUGUGGCGUUUUUUUCAGCGAGGUUUUAUUUUAGGUUUGUGGGGAGCAAAUGGUGACCGACAGGAAUCCCCUUCUGUUGAGACUGGUGAUGCAGCUGUUCAGGCCCCUUUUUCAUGCUGUGUACAUGUGUGUAUGUGUAUGUGUGAGUACAGAUAGCUUGACCCCUCAUGUGUUUGUGCGCCACCACAUCUAGAUUAUUGGGUCGAGAGUUUCAGAUAAAAACAAAAACCGCGUCCACUCGAGAGUCCAAGUGGGUGCAGGAACACUUUCCCUCCUCUUAACAUUUUUACUCUGAUAAGAUUUGUGUGUAUUUGUGCGUCUGUGUGAGGCUGUGUUUACAAGAAUACUUUCUAUCUCUCCUAUAUAUCACCCUCACACAUACUUCCUGGAAGGUCCAAUGACAUCAUCUCCCAGCGACCUCUAGCAACAGCUGCAUGACCUCAUGAGUUAUUCUGAUGCAGAGACCGGGGUGGCUAACAUUAGAGGGUCGCCUGUUGCUGAAAACUUCAUCAGUGCUUCUAUAAGUAGCAAAGCUAAUUUACUUAGCCGAUGUGUGACCCAUGGGGACAAGUGUUUGGAGUUUUAAAGUGAAAUUUUUGCCCCUCAACAGUUCAGGGUAAUGAAAAAACAAGUAGGGGAGAGUGGGUUAAGAUGAGUCAUUUCUCAUAUUUCGGAAGGCAGUCAUAGUUUUGUCUCUAACUAUUGUAUCUGCAUAUAUUUCAAGAUGUUGUGCAUCCCUGCAAACCAACAGAAUGAGUGUAAACAGAACUGUCUUGAUAAUAUCACAUGCCAAAAAAAAGUGGUCUCCUAUGGUCAACUUAUCCCGUGUAUGGGGUAAGUUGACCAUAGGAGUGGGGUAAAUUAAGCCGUAUACCUACUAACCCCCACACACUCCACCCCAGCUCUUCCUCAACUUCUCUCUCCCUAAAUAACAGUCACUUCUUCACAUUCAUGUGUAUUUUUAUCUGUUAAACGCUAUUCGACAGGUACAAUAAUUCUUUUUAUUAUUAUUAUUGCAUUUUUGAAAAGAAAAAGUAAAACAUUUCAACAAUCUGAACUGAAACUCUGAUCCUCUCAUCAGACUUUUUUACUUUCUCUGGCUCAACUUACCCCUGAACUACUAUUCUGACUUUAUUAGUCCUCUUAGCUAAAAUGGUGAACUUUUAUUCUAGGUUUUUGACCUCAUGUUGUAGCUCAUAGAUACCACAGUUGAUGUAUAACACAAAUUUAAAAUGAUCUUUUUUGGUCAGAACACAAUUCUAAUAAAACUUAUGACAGACUAAAUUCACUUUCAGGAAAAAAAAAAGUUUUUUUUUUUUAUGAAAUAAAUGUCUAACCCCUUCACCCAUGUGCUUCUAACCUUCACAGACUCCAUGAAUUGAUGCCCAUCUCCUAAAUAUUUGGUCACAUGAUCAAUUUCUUUUACCAUUUCCAAGCAACAGGGGGUGGCUCAACUUACCCCACUCUCCCCUAUGUAAGAAUGUGGUUCAGCUGUAAGUAUAAAUGUGUGAAUGUUUUUCUUCCUGUAGGUUCGCAGGCGCAGCAAAGCCUGCAGAGCUGGACUGAAGGAGCAUGACGAGCUGGUUGCCAUUGGAGAUCACACGUGCGCUGAUCUCAGUCAUGCUCAGGCCAUGAAACUCAUAGACACACAGAGUGCGACUCUGAACCUGAGGGUCAAAAGGUCAGAAGAUUUUCUCACACUCACACAGAGCACAUCACACUCUGUGAUCUUCAGACAUGCAGAACAAACUGAUGCGUGUUUUACAUUUUCACAACUUGUCAUCUGUGUGUCUCCAGAGCCCCUCCCGGUUUUCACUCCUCCUCUCACUCGACAUCGUCCCGCUCCUCCACGAGGGUCCUGUCUCCCACCGCCAAUCGAUCCUCCAUCCUCUCCCCUACAGGGAUUCCCAGCGGGAUCACUUCCCCUCCUGACAGCGAGGCUUACUACGGUGAGACGGACAGUGAUGCUGACACGCAGUCACACACGCACCGUCGCCAACGCCGCACGCCACCUCAUGCACGUUCACCUGCUCGCUAUGACAACGAAGAGGAAGAGGAGACUUCAGAGAUGAGCGGGUAUGGGAAAGGACCAGAAUUCAUUUUUCUCUCAAUCAAUAAUAUUGUUUAAUUUAUAAACUGCUUUACCAGCCAGUUUAAUCUGGAAUAUCAACCAUCAGAAUAGAUAUUUAAAGCUGCAGUGAGAAGUUUUUAGGUGGUUAUUAAACACACUGAAAUUCUUUGUGGUAUCCCUCUAUAACAUACAAAAGCAAAAUAAAACAUUAGCUAGUUAAGAGUAGAUGCACAGCUUUGACCACAGGGGGGCGCAAAAGUCAACCCAAACUAAAAAAAUUCCCAACAGGAGCUUUAAAAAUUACUUCCUUACCCCAAAUUUCCACCACUUUCAGAACGGCUACGAAAAGGCCGUUUCCACCGAUCGCAGCUGAUCGUAACCAUUCAAGUUAAUGUGUCAAUUUCUACCGGCUUCUUUCCGUUCCUCUGCAGAUCGCCUGACUCCACAGCUGAUCAUAUGAGUUCUAUUUUUUCCGGACGCUGAAGCAAGCCAGAUAAAUUCUGCACGGAUUAACCUGUGCUGGAAAGGAAGUUGGGUACAGACACAAAAUAAAACAUCCAUCUUCCUUUCAAAAUAAAACACUGUUUCAGGUGGAUCGUAUUUCACACAAUGCAAACUUGCAAACAUGGAGGGACAUAAUCUACUACUUAUAUGGUAAGCCUAUGUGGCUAGAGACAACUUGUUAUUGCGCGUGAAUCCACAGCCAUUCACCUCACCAAUGGAUCUGGGAGGAACUGGCGGACGCCAAAAAUUGCCGCCGUUCCAGAUUGGAACCGUUCGGGAUGUGGUGAAAGUUGGGGGUCAAGAGUAGGAUGACAGCUCAGAGAACUCUAAAAUAACAAACUUAAGCUAUCUGAAUUUUUAAAUUUGCCAUCUUUGCUGUUUUUCUUAGCUACGAAAGCGCAACCGAUGCCGGGGUUUCCCUGCAGGGGCAAUGGGAUGGUCAGACUCUUCUUGGUGUCCCUCGUCGAGAGCUCAUCUACCAGCCCCCCCAGACCGACUGGACCACCCCAGCACACACUCCACACACUCUGACUCCUCACUCCCUCACACCCACUCCUGAUCAGUUUGCAGAAGCAGAGGGAGAGGGGGACAGCGGCUUCCAGGAGGUGGGGAGCAUUAUCGGGAUGACCUGCCCACCACUUGUGUCUCCUGAGCGGGCCAAAGAGGCUCUGAUGCUGAGCUCCAGUAAUCAGCUGGUGCCCAUGGUGGGACCACAGAUGAUUCCUCUGAGUGACGAGCUCUUGACUACAUAUAUGGAUAAAGCACGACAAGCCAGUGAGUAAACUAAACACAAGUUACAGAGGCAACACAGUCUUCAAAGCAGCACACAAUCACAGAUCUCAAAGGGAUACUCUGGCGCAAAACUAAUUUAGGGUCAAACACACCAGAACACCUAGUUAGACACCCCCUCGAGAGAUGAAUGUUACAGACCACUUGCUCCUCUAGUUAUACCAACUUUAGUAAUGACUGCACGAUAGCAAUACACAGCGGUCUGAGGAGCCAUAAACAAACCUCAAGCCAAAACGCCAUAGCCUGUGGUCGUCAUAAUGGUAACACUCGUAGUCUUGCAACAUGUCACAUUUAUCCAUCUACAGUACAUUCAUGCCCUGAUGCCAGUGUCCGUCAGUAUUCACUAAUCCCAUUCACACAUCGCUGGCACGGCCACUGGGAUCACUUUCAGGUUCAAUGCCUUGCCCAAGGACACUUCAACAUAAGACUGUGGGAUCUGGGAACAACUAAAGACAAUCAACUCUGUCACUAAGCUUCAGCCAACCCACAAACUAAUACCAGAAUUGAAACUUGUCUAGUAGUUGAAGAAGUAGCAGUAAUCGUAGGAGUAGUAACACCAGAAUACCACAUGCCUUAGCUACACUUGUACCAAAUUUUCAAUCAUUCUCUGUUGCCAAACUUGCUUCUGAAAAACAAACUUCUCUGGUCCCCAACCAUCGACUUAGGUCACCCCAGGCCAGCCCUGCACUACUGCUCCCCCCUCAUUUCUUUAAUUAAAGUCUAUAAAGAACUUACAUUUCGCAGACUUGCAUCUCACCCAUAAUCUGUUACAAGUUGGAUCAUGGAGACUAUUUUAUAUAACUGGAUCUAGUUACAAAGUUUGAGAACGAUUCAUCUGCUGCCAGUGAGAAACCAGGGACUGGACUUCUCUAAUUCCUGAUGGUGAUGCAACUACUUCAGUCUUCACCGCAGUGUUUUCCCUUUUUUCAUUUGAAUUCCAAAGAUUCUCUCAGAGUCCCAAAAGGCCUCUGCUGCAGUUUGUGGUGUUGCAAUCGAGUCUGAUUCAGCAGCAAGAUCGCCCUCUAGUGGCGAUUUCUCAUACAGCCGGAGCAUCAGGUUACAUGUACAGGCCGGUGGUGAUGGGGUGAGAUAUAUCAGAUACGCACAGAGAAAUUCCACCCUCCCUUACCUUCCCUUACCCCUCCUCCCUUCCUCUGUCCAUGCAGCCAGUAUUCUGAGCAUUUGUCUCACUCUCUGUAUUUAUAGACAUUGAAGCUUCUGAUCGACACUCAGCAUAGACUUCACUUACAGGUCACACAGCUGAAUAUGAAAUAAAAGAGUGUGUGGACGACUCUUUAAUAUGGCAGAAAAGUAGGCAUGAAGGUUAAGGUGAUGAAUUAAAAGUAAUGAGGCGGUUAAUCAAUUUUGUCUUGAAUCAUAAAAUAGUUUUAUUCUCAAAUUAUCACUUAAAUCUUGACAUCUCCAUUUUUUCCCUCAAAAUGUACAAUAAAAAAAAUCUUCCUCACACAAACCUCAUGUUUAUCAUAGUUAUAAUUCUGCAAUAGGUUCUUGAUGAAAGAAAACAACACAAUCAGUCAAAUUGGGGACUGAUGUUUCAGCUGCUAAAAUGUCUAACCUCAUUUAAUGACCUUUUCAUGCUUUUAUUGUGAUGAAUUUAUAUCUUGCAAUUAGGUGUCUUAAUUUCCUGCAUUAUCAAACUACGCUUUUAUUUUGAAGUUUACUACGAAAGAUAUUUUUGGUUUCACAACAAAUCUUUAGCAUCAGUUUUAAAAUAGUAGUACUCUGCUACUUCUUUGUCUAUCCUUCAUGUUAUGAUAGGUGGCAACCAUAGACUCAAUGAUAACUGGACAUAGAGCCGUUGACGUCAUCUAGUUGGCUAGUGUCCCUGCCUGUCGGUCAAGUUAGCUAUGCCUCAGAUUCACUGAUCUUGUAACCUUUAUAAUUAAAAAAAAAAAAAAAAUAGACUGGAAACAGGUUUAUUUUCUCUCUAAAAACUAGCUUCUUUGGCUUACAGUCUAUGGCUAUGUUCACACUGCAAGUCAAUUCCGAUUUUUUAACCAUAUGUGACACAUAUCUGAUUUUUUCAUUGAAGUGUGAACAGUGCAAUUCUGAUUUCUUUCAAAUCCGACCCAGGCCUCUUUUGUAUGUUGAUGUAAAUCGGAUAUGUAACUGAUGUGACUGCAGUGUGAACGCUCAGGUCGCAUUCAUCCGACCUAUACGUCAUCAAUAUGCGACAAACGUCACCAUCGUUCGACAACGCAAACAGGCGCGGAAAGCAAUUUGUGCUUUGUGUGCAUGCGGGUCACUUCACAGACGCCUUCCGUUCACAUCAGAUGCCGCAUUCGUUCUUGUAAUGUGAACGACUGCACAAAAAGAUCAGAUUCAACAAAAAAUCUUAAUCGUGCAUCAUAACCUGCAGUGUGAAGGUAGCCUAUGUGGUUUCUAGUGCUCCUGCAGUCAGCCUCAAGUGGACACUCUGGGAACUGCAGUUUUUAGUAAUUUCAAAUCAGCUUCAUUUCUCAAGUCCAGAGUUUGCUGUUUAGGGCAACCAGUGUUAAUCGCUCCUAUGAACUAUGGUAUUAUUAGUUGCUAUUUUUUUGCUCUAUUUCAAUUUUUAUAUUAAAAAAAUGUAAACAUGGGCACAUUGUAAAAGCCCUGAUACUAAAAUGUAAAACUAAGUUUGAAACAGCAAUUUGGUGAAAAACUCCUCCUACCAAACUUUUUGUCAGGAAAGGGGAAAACUUUAUUGUCUGAGUACUGAACUCUGUCUCGUAGAUAAUAGAGUUUUAUCCGUCUCGUCUGUUUAACUCAUCAGUUAUUUCGAGGUAACAAUGAUCACAGCUGAUGGAAGGACAUAACUAUCUACUGAGUGAGCUGUGAUUCACUAAUGACUGAUCUGUCCUCGAGUACAAGAGCCUGACUGAGGGCAUGGCUUUGCUGUAAGACCAGUGGUGACCGAGGUCUCUCAGGACCCUUUUCCUGCCCUUUCUCAUGUUACUGACACACACACAGACACAGACACACACAAACAAACAAAAGCACACAACAUGCAUAACCUUUGACGUUGAAUGUGGGAUUGUUUGCUCUGCUGCUGUAGAGAUGUAGCUGGCUAGCUAGUGUGUGUGUGUGUGUGUGUGUGUGUGUGUGUAUGUGUGUGUGUGGUGUAUGAGUUCAUAAAGCCAAUUAUAGAUUAGAGGAAAGCCUGGUCAUAACUCUUCACUGAUGUGCUUUUCUCUGCUGCUGACACUUCACACCCAGAAUCCACUGCACGCACGCACACACACACACAUUCAAUGACACAGCCGUCCAAAUAUCUUAUGGUGUGGGGUCUUCCGUCCUUGUGUGUCUCUGUGUGUGUGUGUGUGUGUGUGUGUGUGAGACAGAGAGCAGACAGGUGUUUGAUGCCCGUCACAUCGACAGGAAUAGUGGGUUGACAUCAUGUGUUGCUUUGAGUUGCUGGACGCAGACAAAGGUCUUUACAUGGGCUGUGCCUGAGGGAUGAGCUGGAAGACAGAGACCAAACAGUUACCUUUCAGAGCAGAAGUGGACAGAGUGUGUGUGUGGGAGGGUCUGAGGGAGUUUAAGGACACAAACACACUCACAUUUAUGAGAUGAGGGACCUCACAUCUCCUUCAGGAUCAGAUGUAGGUGGACAUACAAUCCCACACACCGUGUACGCAGGUAAGGCUAACGCUCUCUCUAAUGUAGAUGUAGCUGGUUAUCUAAACACUUCUUCAGUUUUCUAAUGAAGUAAAGUUAUUCUCUCUUUUUAAUGGAUAACUUCACCUGAAUUCUUAUUUUCUAUUUAAUUUAUAAGCUUUGUGAAAAUAUUAGGCUACUAUGGAUGAAAAUGUGAUGAUGAUCCUGAUCUUGAUGGUUUAGACUUUUGGAAAAAAGUCACUUUACCUGUUAACUCUGUAUCUCCUCUGUGGCACUAUAUCAGCUUGCUUAAGCUAUGCUUUCCACUGAGUCAGGGAUACAUAAGACUUUUUGAAAUGCAUGAAACCUCAGGGAGAAAAUCAGUUCGCGACUUUUGUCAUAUUCCCAAGACUUUCUUUUCCUUUGACAGAAAAUAAAUGUUCAUUUUAGUCCUUUACUGUAAAAGCCGUUUUGAGCUAGCGAGCAUUACUGUAAUCUAAGUGAUGUUAUAAUAUGUCUUCGAGCGCCAACGACUUGCUCACCAGCCUUAGGUGUCGUUUGUGUUGAGUGCUAAACACCAAACACUAGCAUGCAAACAUUUUAAACCACUGAGUGUGAACAGACUUGGAUGGCGUGCCUCCAUCUCAUCCAAUUGUGAGAAGCGAAGCCAAAAUACCACCUUGAGAUGUAAUGAUGGCGAAGCAAAGGCAUAAACAGAAGAGAUCUGGCUUGUGAAGUCACAAGGAUAACGUCAAACCCCUCAUGCUAACUAAAACACAGAUUGAACUUACUGAGAAAACUUCUGGGAACUUCAGAUCGUAGAGGUCCACAGCAGAGCAGAUUCAAUUCCAGUCAUAUUGCCUGACUGCGCUGUGACUGCGACAUACUGAAGGACUCUCAUGUUUGGAUUUACUAAGUUGUCUUUCGCCACUCUUCCUGUACCCUGCUAUCCUGUUACGCUAGUAGCGCAAGUUUGGCCUACUUAUUGGCGUACCUCCCUCAUGUGUACAGGUCAUAGUUCUCAUUUAGGCGUCACUAGUUUGACACCCAGCUACAACCCUUUGCUCCCAAUGUCCUCUCCCCAUAUUUACAGUAUCUUCAGCUGACCUAUCUAGCAGAGGUGGAAAAACACACACACAAAAAAAAAAAACUUUGCAAAUGGUUCAAACUGAAAAAACUUUACUUGACAUGUCUUAAAGUGAUCAAGUUGGACCCAUGUUCCAUGAGGCAAGCUUUUUGACUUAUACUGCAGCCAGCCACCAGUGGGAGCUCUAAAAGUUCUGUCUUUACUCAUAACAGCUGUUGUUCAGUAUAUUAUUUUAAACAAUGCGAUUGACCAUGAUGUGUUAGCAUGUAGCUUGCUGCAUCACAGUGCAAAAAAGCUGCUGGUAUGUCUGUAGUUGACUCUUUGCUGUUUUGAACCUUUCUUUGGAGGGAAAGUGUCGUUUUUACGACAGAAAUAUCUGGUCGUUAUAACCGAAAUAUCAAGUUUGGUGUCAGAAUCGUGCGUGUGUGACAGAUAUUUUACAUCUAAAAUGUUGUUGCGCAUGAGUGGAGGCUGCAUCGCUCUUCAGCAAUGUAGUAAAGAUAUUCAUGUGAGGUGAGCCAGGACACCGAAAAGACUUAAAUAGCCUUGGACUUAGCAGAGAUACACUUGUGUGAAUGUGCUGGCGUGCAUGUGGGUACACACACAGGCAAAGAUGAGCAUAUGUGCAGGAGAUACACUCUGAUCGAACCUUCCAGGAGAGAGUGAGUCAACUCUGGAGAGCAGCAGGAAUUCUUCAUUGUAAAUCCACAGCGUACACUCGUGUCUGUCAGUGGUAAUCCUUAUUGAAGCUACCCCACUGUUUUUAGCUGUCCUGCUGGCAUUUCCAUUAUUUAUUCAUCAUAAAUCCGGUGACCAGGACUCUGCUUUGAAUCCUCUCUCCUUCAGCACAUUCACAUCUCCUUUUCUUGUUUCUGUCUUGCAGAGUUGCAACGUGGGGAAAGCCAGGUGGAGAAACAGGUGAAAGAAGCUCGUACUAAAUGCAGAUCCAUUGCCUCUUUACUCACUGAUGCUCCCAACCCCAACUCUAAAGGGGUGCUUAUGUUUAAGAAACGCCGACAGAGGGCCAAGAAAUACACACUGACCUGCUUUGGCAAAGCUGAGGGAGAUAAAGGAGGAGAUACAGAGGGAGAGACAGGAGGAGAGACAGAGGAAGAAGGAGGGAGUUCCAUCUUAAGUGGUUCAGAGGUUGAUGAAGAGGGAUUUUCAGCAUCUUUUGACCCCACCUGGGAUAGCGGUUAUCUAGACCUGCUGGACAGGAGAAGCUCUGCUUGCCCAUCAACUACACCAACUACUCCUACAACACCAACAACCAAUUACGGAUUAGGAUUGGGUAUUUCAACCUAUCAGACUCCAGGACUUCUAACCACUGUCAAUCAAAGUCCAGGGUUGGAGGUAUCAGGAUUGGAGAGUUCAGCCUUGCAAGGCUCCCUGGAAAGCAACAUCACGAAACAGCCAAGCAGUCACCACCCUUCACCAAUGUCCCCUCCAGCUGUUGCUCUGACCAAUGGGGGGUCUGUAGCUGUUAGCCGAGCGAGUGUUGUCCUGAGUCCCCACACUCAGACACACCUACCAAACCAGAAUGGGCAACAUGUCAACACUAUGCCUACGUCUAAUCUUAGUCCUGGCCCAAUCACUAACUCAGAUCCUAACCUGAACGCCAAUUUAAACCUCUCUCCAAAUGUUCUGAAUCGGACUGCACGCCCCUUCGCCCCAGGUUCUACCCCAUCCCGCCCAACUGUUACCUCUGUGAUGUUUCGCCCUCCCCAACCUAAACCAACAGCCAUGACUAUGGCGGCAAAACCAGUGUCUGCCGUCUCCAUGAUGACUAUCCAACCAUCUCGCCAACCAUCGGGGCCAGAUCCGAGGAGAGCCGUAUCAAGCACUUCCCUGUACAUCCCUCCAAGAAAUGCAAACGGCAGCACUACCCCAUCUGUCAACUCUCCUCCCUCUUCUUUGUCUUCCGUGCCAUUCUCCCAACCUGCAACAAAUCCACCAACAUUUUCUCCUCAGCCUUCAGUGUAUGCUUCCCAAUCUGCUCCAUUCUCUCCAUCUGCAGCUCAAAGCAACCUAGUUUACCCAACACCUGCUCAACCCUUCUCCCUUCAACCUCCUAUGUCAUUUCCCUCACAUCUUUCUCCUGCUUAUCCACCUCCCCCUUCCUACAUUGCUGCUUCCUCCAUUUCCCCAACACAUCCCCCCGAUCUGACUCGUGCCCCUUUCCCUCCCCAGCCAACCCCUCCGCCUCCCCCUCAAACUCAACCUGCUGCACCCCCACCAGUCCACCCCUAUAUCAACACAUCAGGUGCAAUGACACCUGUUCCUCAUGCGGCCAUGGAAACUGAAUCACCUCCACAAGUUCCUGUUGCAGAUGCUCUGGGGACACGCGAACAGCGCAUUUCUGUCCCUGCUGCUCGCACCGGUAUCCUGCAGGAUGCCCGUCGUCGGAGUAGCAAGAAGCCAAUGUUCUGUGCUGUCCAGAACAAAGAUGUCAAUCCAAACCCUGACUUGGUGUCGAUGGUACAAAACAUGGAUGACCGCUUUGUGAGAGCCCCAGGUGCUGAACCUGCAGCUGCACCAGGUGGGGAGACUGGACAUGAGUCAGGGCCUGAGGAGGACUGGUUGAGGCUUGGUGCAGAGGCUUGCAACUUUUUGCAAGCUCAAAAAGGACCAAGACCACCUCCAGUUGCUCCUAAACCACAGACCCCUCAAGUGCCACAGCUUGGUGGGAAAGGUGGUCAGUUGUUUGCCCGAAGGCAGAACAGAAUGGAUCGGUACAUUGUGGAGCGGGCCCCCUCCGUUGCUGCAGCACCUUACUCUCCUGCCCAGCCAAGAGAGCCCUCGCCAACUCCUUCUCUUCCUGCCGCAUGGAAAUACUCGUCCAACAUUCGUGCUCCCCCACCAAUUAACUACAAUCCCCUACUCUCUCCCUCUUGUCCUCUCAAAGCCCAGAAGAAGACUGAGGUGGCAAAGUCUGGCACGGCUGGAUCUAAAGCUAAGAAAGCAGCAGCCAAGUCUGUUGACAUCAUGAACCACCAGCCCUACCAGCUCAGCUCUUCUCUGUUUAGCUACGGGGCCGGGGCUCCACAGGUUACCUCCAAUCAUCAGCAGCAUGGAAGUUCAAAUGGUCCUCAGAAGACAGCACGAGUGUAUGAAGUGAAGCGCUUCUCCACGCCGCCACCAACAACCACAGGACCUGCCCUCAAAGUUAUUGUUCCUCGCUCAGCCACGACCCUUGGGGAACCUUUGUGGCGCUCGGAUGUCACAUCCCCUCCGCCAACAGCUCAAGCUUCCUACCAACCCCAGCCUUACCAACCUCAGUGGGCAACCUCCCCAAUGUCUCAUCCACCUCCUGCUCCUACCGCUCCACUCCCCCAGCUCCCCUCCUUCUCCUCGGCUCCUGCCCAAAAUCCAGUCCAGAUGCCUACUUUCUCCCACCUGCAGCCUUCCAACAGCGCUCAGGCCAACAGGCAAUUUAAGAGUGCCCCAGAUCUGAGUCCCCUGAGCCCUACUGGUGCCUCACGGCCGAUGUCCAACAGUACCCAACUGCCUGCAGUCCCCAGGCCCAGGUUCAGCACCUCCAGCCUGGGUCUGCAGCCUUGCGUCUGGCGCCCUGGAGCACACUGA